GUUGGCCACACCAUCGUCAGCUGUUGUCUGCUGCUGCUGCUGUUGUCCGCUGCUGCUGCUGCCGUUGUCUGCUGCUGCUGCUGCCGUUGUCUGCUGCUGCUGCUGCCGUUGUCUGCUUGUCUUGUUCUCUCGUCGCUACAGUUGUGAGUAUGAGGAAGCUGUGGUGUGCAGCAGUGUUGGUGGUGACGCUGGUGAGUGUGGUGAGGCCUCAGUGUAUCUCCAACAAUGACAAGCUGGUGGUGACCUCCCCACCUGACCUGGCCCACAUCACCCCCUUCAGCUUGGACCUCUUCAAGCAGCUCUAUCCAUCCACCGCCACAGGAAACUUUUUCUUCUCGCCCUACAGCGUGUGGACCGCCCUGGUCCUGGCCUACUUUGGGUCUGCUGGCAGGACUCGUCAGCAGCUGCAGGACACCCUUCGUCUCAGAGACCCUUCAACCACUCUGGCUACUUACAGGGCCCUCGACCGUCUGUAUGCUGAGAGACAAGCCAACACCACAGAGUAUGUGAUAGACUUGGCCAACAAGAUAUACGUGGACGCAGACUUCGCCCUUCGGGAGUGCGUGAGGGAGGUCCUCCCUACGGAGGUGCAGACAACCAACUUUAAGAAGGGCGACGAGGCGGCUGCAACAAUCAACAACUUCGUUAACAAGGCAACACGAGGCAAAAUCCCGGAACUAGUGGAUGGUGGAGUCGUGCAAGACAAGGUGAUGGUGCUGGUGAACGCCGCCUACUUCAAGGGUCUCUGGCUGGCGGCCUUCAACACCAGCGCCACCACCAAGGAGAAGUUCUUCCCCACCCCGGGCCGGCACACUCUUGUUGACAUGAUGAAACAAGUUGAUUAUUUCAAAAUUGGAGACUCGAGUGAGCUGGGAGCGACGGUGUUAGAGAUGCCGUACAAGGGGAAGGCGGCGUCCAUGUUGGUGUUGCUGCCUCACAACACCCCCGGCGGCGCCCCUCGCAAGACCUCCACGCCCUUGGCCGCCCCUGGCAACUCCGCCACGCCUUUGGACGCCAUGCUGCGGCGCCUCUCCCACGACACCCUCCGCCACGCCCUCGCCAACCUCAGGAGACAGGAAGUUAUCCUCAAGUUUCCAAGGUUCAGGCUGGAACAAGUGAUCACGAAGGACCUGAUAAAGGCUCUCAACACCCUCGGGAUCCAGGACCUGUUCACUAAUGCUGCCGACCUCUCUAAUUAUCAUCCUACUGGCAAUUUGCUGGUUACCGAUAGCAUCCAUAAGGCCGUGAUAGAGGUGAACGAGGAGGGCUCGGAGGCUGCUGCUGCGACAGCUCUGGUCGUCAGCCUUACGUCCUUAAUACCUCCUCGCGUGUUCUCGUGUGACCGACCCUUCGUCUUUCUCAUUCAAGAUAACGAUACCAGCAACAUUCUCUUCUUGGGCGUGUACAGGCAGCCGUAGAUCUUCCAGGGCGUGUACAGGCUGCCGUACAUCUUCCUGGGCGUGUACAGGCAGCCGUAGAUCUUCCUGGGAGUGUACAGGCAGCCAUAGAUCUUCCUGGAAGUGUACAGGCAGCCGUAGAUCUUCCUGGAGUGUACAGGCAGCCG